ACAGACUAGUUGGCUCGGGGGAGGUGGCGGCGGCGCGGCAGCGGGGGUGCGGCCGGGGCCGGAGCCCUGCCCGGGCCCGGCGGCGGCGGCGGCGGCGGGGCGGACCGCGGGCGAGGGCGAGCCUGCGGGCGGGCGCGGCGCUCCCCCGGCGCAGCCCGGGGCCGCCCGGGGCCGGCCUCGCCAUUGUUGGGGGAGGGGGCGGCGGCUGAGCGCGGCGGAGUCGGGGGGCCAGCGCGGCCGGCCGCGGCGGCGGGGAGCGCGGGCGCCCCAUGGGGAACGCGCCGUCCUGCUGCGUGUCCCCCAAUGCCAGCCCCAAGCCGGGCCGGCGCGCGGAGGCGGCCGCGCCGGACUCCGAGGCGGAGAUCUACGAGGCGGCGGCCGGGGACGCGGUGGCCGUGGCGCCGGCGCCGGCUGCGCUGGAGCCGGCCGAGCUGGACCUCGGGGCGGGCGAGGGCCACCACCUGCAGCACAUCAGCGACCGCGAGAUGCCGGAAGACUUAGCUUUGGAGUCAAACCCUUCUGACCAUCCAAGGGCAAGCACAAUUUUCCUGAGCAAAUCUCAAACUGAUGUGCGAGAAAAGAGGAAGAGCAACCAUUUAAAUCAUGUAUCUCCAGGGCAGCUUACUAAAAAGUAUAGCUCAUGCUCAACAAUAUUUCUAGAUGACAGCACAGUCAGCCAGCCUAAUCUUAGAACCACAAUAAAAUGUGUGACCUUAGCAAUAUAUUACCACAUAAAGAACAGAGAUGCAAAUAGAUCCUUGGAUAUUUUUGAUGAGAGAUCACAUCCACUCACACGAGAACAGGUUCCAGAGGAAUACUUUAAGCAUGACCCUGAACACAAAUUCAUUUACAGAUUUGUUCGUACUCUUUUCAGUGCCGCUCAGCUAACAGCUGAAUGUGCAAUAGUAACUUUGGUUUACUUAGAAAGGCUUUUAACUUAUGCUGAGAUCGACAUUUGCCCUACUAACUGGAAAAGAAUUGUUUUGGGAGCCAUUCUUCUUGCCUCCAAGGUUUGGGAUGAUCAGGCUGUAUGGAAUGUGGACUACUGCCAGAUCCUCAAGGACAUUACAGUUGAGGACAUGAAUGAGAUGGAAAGGCAUUUUCUGGAACUACUUCAGUUUAAUAUCAAUGUUCCUGCCAGUGUUUAUGCCAAAUACUACUUUGACCUUCGCUCCUUAGCAGAUGACAACAACCUGAAUUUUCUGUUUGCUCCUCUUAGCAAAGAAAGAGCGCAAAACCUAGAGGCCAUUUCCAGAUUGUGUGAAGACAAAUACAAAGACUUAUGUAAAGCUGCCAUGAGAAGAUCAUUCAGUGCUGAUAACUUCAUUGGUAUUCGGCGUUCUAAUGCCAUCCUCUCUUAAGGGAGAACUGUGAGGGACUAUAACAUCAGGAGCCCCUCAUCUGCAAAGACUGGAGAAUAUCACCUCUCCUGCUCAAAAACCAGCAAAGUUAGUAUUUUCACCCAAGAGAAAGACAUCGAAUUCAAGAAACUGAUGAACAGCAAGGAUGACACGCAUAGGAAAGAAUGGGACCUUAUCAGUGCAACACACUCUUCUGUCCUUUUUAAUGUAAACAGAGUUACAAAAACCACUCCAAAGCGAAAGCUCCUAACCCACACAUGUAUAAUUUGCUUACUUUGUAGGCCAAUAGCUGUGAGUUAUGUGAGGUUUUUUAAUAGUUUAAAUUUUUAGAUUUUUGAAGACACUAUAUAGCUUUUGUUUUUCAUAUUUUUCUUGACCCCCCCCCCCAUAUUGCUGCAUAUGCCUUUAGAAUCCAAUGCAGUAUUACCAUUAAAACCUGGGACUCUGAACUCAUUAGGAACAGAUCUAGCCAAUAGAUGUGGAAGGGUUCUUGUCCCCAGUAUUUCAUUGAAGCUGCUAGUCAUUAUUGGCAAUCAAUUUAAGCCAAAAAGCUGCAGAGUAACCCUUCUCAAAUUCUUUGCAAGCACUCCUUACUAGCUUAUUAGCAUGUUUGGGAUCAUAAACACAGAAAGUACCAGUCAUUUUCUACUUCUGUUGGGUCCGUGCUGCGUUUCUUGAGAACUAUAAUGGUGCUUCUCAUUUUCUGAUGAUUUUCCUCUUUAAAAAAAUGUAAGAUAUUUUUAUAAUUACAGCCAACAUGGUGGUCCAGUAAUAAUGAGCAGAGAGUGAAACACAAGGUGUCCCCAAAGCCUAAGUGCAGUUUUAAGCUUUAAUAAGAGUGUUCUUGGGCCUUCCUGCACACUGCUGAAGUGUAAAUGCCACAAAUGUAGAAAACACCAUUUGAGAGUUUAAAUUUCUUUUAAGCAUAUCUAGGUUUAAGUUUAAAAAUACUGAGCUUUUAAUUCUAAGUUUUUGUUUGAACCACUCUUGGAGAUGGCAAACACUGAAACAAAAGAUUAACAGUAUAAGCUCAAUAUUAUAAAUGUAUAAACCUAGAUAAGCUUAAAGGACUUAAUGAAACUUUUGAAUCAUGUUUUCUACAUCUGUUGACAUUCACACUUCUCCAAGUAACAAAGCUUAAAAUUGUACUGAUAACUUUAGGGAUGCCUUAUAUCUUCAUAGAUGUGCCCUCCGCCUUUUAAAAUGGUUCUUUGCAGGGUUGUGCUCUUUACCUGCUCUGAUCAUCUGUUUCUUUUUUCUAGAUUUGGUAAAGAUUCUGAAAAGAAGUUUUAAUUUUCAUGUAGUAAAUUGAAAGGAACUGGACCCUAGUAGCGAUAUGAAAGUAAGUGAGAAACAGCUUUUCUGUCCUACACCUUAACCCGGCUGUAGGUAUCCUGUUUCAAGACCUGCUAUGUAAGAGGAAACAAAAAAGCAUAGGAACAUUUACCUCCAGCUUUAAAGGGCAGGGAGUUAAGGAAUCAGUCUUUUAGGAGAUGGGUAAGAUUAUUACCUAACCUUGAAUAUUUAAAAAAAAAAAAAAAUCAGUAUUCUCAACUAUGUGAAAUUCACAUGUAAUCCUAGGAAUUUUGCUUGCAAACAAAGCAUUUUUGGGCCAGGAAUACUUUCUCAGUACAGCACGGCUUCACAUUAUAUUGAGUGCUGCAUUUUCCAUCAUUUUUAAAGGACAGAGACAUAAAUGAUAAUGGUAUAAAAUAAUUACAAUCUACCACCUCAGAAAACACUGUUUAUGGAGUUUGGAGCUUGGAGAUUCAAGUAUUGAUUGCAGUUUUACUUUGAAAAGGAUGCUACAACUUAAUGUGGUUUUUCUUUCUUGUUUAUAU